AUGUCCUGCAACCCCUCCUUCGGCGGCAUCGGGAAGGGGCACCUGAUGCGGGAGGUGGACGCGCUGGACGGGCUGUGCGGGCGGCUCUGCGACCGCGCCGGCAUCCACUACAAGGUGCUCAACCGCGCCAAGGGCCCGGCCGUCUGGGGGCUCCGCGCUCAGAUCGACCGCCAGCUCUACCGGGAGAGCAUGCAGAGAGAAAUCCUUAACACGCCGCUGCUGACGGUCCGUGAGGCGUCUGUGGAGGAUCUGCUCUUGGCAGAGCCGGAGCCAGAGCGUCCCGGGAAGUGCCAGGUCACGGGAGUCGUCCUGGGCGAUGGGAGCACGGUACAUGCUGGGAGUGUGGUCCUGACCACCGGCACCUUCCUGAGGGGUAUGGUCCUCGUGGGGCUGGAGUCGCACCCGGCGGGGCGGCUGGGGGACCGGCCGGCCGUGGGGCUGGCUCAGACCCUGGAGAAGCUGGGCUUUGCCGUGGGCAGGCUGAAGACGGGGACGCCCCCCCGCCUGGCCAGAGACACCAUCGACUUCAGCCGGCUGGAGGAGCGGGCAGCUGACAACCCCCCCGUGCCCUUCAGCUUCCUCAGCGAGGCUGUCUGGAUCAAGCCAGAAGAUCAGCUGCCCUGUUACCUGACUCGCACCUCCCUGAGAGCCCAGCAGAUCAUCCGUGAGAACCUCCACCUCAACGACCACAUCAAGGAGACAACAAGGGGCCCGCGGUACUGUCCCUCUCUGGAGUCGAAGGUCCUGCGCUUCCCAAACCGGCACCAUCAGGUGUGGCUGGAGCCCGAGGGCCUGGAGUCCAAUGUCACUUACCCCCAGGGCAUGUCCAUGACGCUGCCACCGGAGCUCCAGGAGCAGGUGAUCAGAUCCAUCCCAGGCUUGGAAAAGGCUAAGAUGUUACAGCCAGGCUACGGGGUGCAGUAUGAUUUUUUAGAUCCCCGCCAGCUGACUGCUGCUCUGGAGUCCCGCCUGGUUCAGCGCCUCUUCUUCGCGGGCCAGGUCAACGGCACCACGGGCUACGAGGAGGCUGCGGCUCAGGGUGUGAUGGCUGGGAUCAACGCGUGCCUGCGGGUCCAUGGCAAGCCCCCUUUCGUCGUCAGUCGCACCGAGGGCUACGUCGGUGUCCUCAUCGAUGACCUGACCACGCUGGGCACCAGCGAGCCCUACCGCAUGUUCACCAGCCGCGUGGAGUUCCGCAUGGCCCUGCGGCCCGACAACGCCGACGCCAGGCUGACCCACAGAGGCUUCGAGGAGGCGGGCUGUGUGUCGCAGCAGCGGUACGAUCGAGCAGUGAAGAUGAGAGCUGCCUUGGAGGAUGGGAUCGUGGCGCUGAAAUCCAUUCAGCUGAGCAUCUCCAAAUGGUCCCAGUUGUUACCCCAAGUUCCCAUCAGCAGCAGUCGCAGGUCACCAGCCAGUGCCUUUGACAUCCUGCAGUACCCAGAGGCCACCGUGGAGGUUCUGGCGAGGGCUGUCCCCGAGCCCCUGGGAAGGCUGGCUCAGUGGAGGGAACUGGCAGAGAGGCUGAAAAUAGAAGCUGCCUACGAGUGGUGUGUGGUCAGCCAGCAGCAGGAGAUGGAGGAGGUGCGCCGGGAUGAGGCUCUCCAGCUGCCCGAGGACCUGGAUUACUUCGCCAUCGACGCCUCGCUCUCGGCAGAGGUGCGGGAGAAGCUGGACUCCAGCCGUCCCCAGACGAUCGGCGCCGUCAGCCGCAUCCCCGGCGUCACACCAGCUGCUGUCGUCAACCUGCUGAGGUUUGUGAAGAGCACUCACCAGAGGACAGGAAGGCUCAGAGCCCACACUGACAGGUAUUCCCCAGGGAGAAGGGACUCGGAGACGGCGAGGUCCCAGAGGCAGCUCUGAGCAGGGUUCCUGCAGAGGAGACAGGGAGUGCCCGUGGUCAGGCCCCUCUGCAGGGGACGUGCCCUUCUCCCGGGGGGCCUGGUGCCAUCACCCCUGCUCGGGAGCUGCUCCUCGGGGACAGCCUGCACCCACGGGAGCUCUGGGUGGGUCCUGUGGCACAAACACGACCCACGUGCACAUCGUGAGUGUGUGCUCAGGAGCCCCUGCCCGUCCAGGUGAAGGGACAGGGGAAUGGCUGUUCAAAUUCCCUCGUGUGGACGGUGUCAGAGAGGACAAACCUGCUCCAAAGCAGCGUGGAAGGGACGAUGUUUUGCUCCUCUGGAAUGAGGAAGAAACGUCCCUGUGCUGCAUCCACGGCAGCACAGGAGGGUUUGGGCUGGAGAGAGUGUUCCUUUGGCUUCUAGUGCUUGUGACUGCGCACAGUCUGAGGUUUUGUGUGGUGUCAGCCCACAGGAGACACUUGGCUGUGACAACCUGCCACACCAGUAUUUAACUGAUACAGGAGACAGAUUUGAAUGUAAACACUGUAUCCUGGGCUUUUUUUUUUUUUUUCUCCUUUAAAAUAAAUAAAGCUU